AUGAAUAAUAAAAAACAUCGUGGUAAUUUAAAAUUAAUAACGGAAAAUUCAACAUUUAUUAUUCGAAAUGAACCAGCUGUCACUCAACAUCAGCAAGGUUCUUCAUCAUCAACUGUCCCAAUGGUAACACUUACUCGUCAAAAUAAGAACAAUAGCUUUACAAAUCAAGUGACACGUGCUGAAGCAUUAUGGGCUAUUAAUGCAGCACGUCAUGUAUACAGUUAUCGUUCCUGUGAUGACCUGAGGAAGAGUGUGGGUGUGGGUGUGGGUGUUGAUCUGUUAUUCAUUCCCACCCACACUCCUACCAUUAACCAAUGUUACUGUGCACGUCAAAAGUCUCGCACCACUUUUUUCUUUUGAGCCGUGUAUUAAAACUAUCCAAUAUAAUUGAAAUUUUUUUUUAUCAAUAGAAAGUAGAGAUCGAGUACUAUAUGUAUACAUCUGUUUAAAAAAUAAA